AUGGAAAACUUUUUUGACUAAUAGACUUACUAAAUUGAAACUGGUUUACAGAUUAUUCAAUAAAUAGUAUUUUUCGAAAUGAAAUCAAAAGAUUUCAUCAGAUGUCAUUUGAGGUUGGAGAACACAUACCUAACGUUGUUUGAAGACUGCAAAGAACCAAAAGUAUUAAAUACUAUAAAUAUUGCUAAUUCUUAUCUUGAAUUCCCUAUUCAUGUAUGCAUGGGAAGAGGAGUGAUUAUUAAACAAUCUAUUAAAUAAUUGUAAAUUUUUGGUUUAUCAUCAAAAAUUUUGUAAAUUUUGAAAUUGUAUGGAAUUUAAAAAGAUUUUGUGACUUAAUAUAAAGUUAUAAAAUAAAUUGGUAGAGGAGGCUUUGGGAAGGUAAUAUUAUUGUUUAAAUCUUCUAGGUUUAUAAAGUAAAGAAUGUUUAGAACAAAAACCUUUACGCAGUAAAAAUGUUUGAGAAAUAAUUACUUUUAGAUUCUAAAGCAAGAUAAGCAAUUAUAAAGGAAGUUUAGAUAUUAAGAUUAAUGAACCAUCCAAAUGUACUUUCAAUGAUUGAAUGUUUCGAAAGUGAAUAAUGUAUAUUUUUGGUUGAAGAAUUACUUGAUUAUCAUUUGUAAAUUGAUGCUGGUUGUAGACUCAAAGAAGAAUAAGCGAUUCUUAUUUUAAUCAAACUCUUAAACGGAUUAGAAUAUAUUCAUUCCAAAAAUAUCUUACAUAGAGACAUCAAACCAAAUAAUAUUUUGCUUAAAUACAACGGCGAUCCUGUUAUAUCAGAUUUUGGAUUAUCGGAUUUCUAUAGGUCGGAUGGAAAUUAUUUAUUUUAAAAAUGUGGAACCAAUGGCUAUUAUGCUCCUGAAAUGAUUACAACUCAAAAUUAUAAUUUUAAGGUAGAUAUCUAUAGUCUAGGAGUAGUGUUUCGGCAAUUAUUAACUGGUUAUGUUUCUAAUUUGUUUGAAUUUUGCAAUUUGUCAAAUGAUUGUCUUUAAUUAAUGAAUG